GUGAAUGCAGUUACAUAACUGGGUAGGGCAGCCAGCUCAGAAUAAAAGGCCCAGCUCAAUCAAGGCUGAAGUUGGGACAAAGACAGUUGGGCCGGGCCAUGGAGCUCAGCGUCGUUCUCCUCCUUGCUGUCCUCACGGGACUCCUGCUUCUGCUGGCCAGGGACCACCCGAAGGCCCAUGGCCGCCUCCCGCCAGGCCCCCGUCCUCUGGCCUUCUUGGGGAAUAUUCUGCAGAUGGACAGAAGAGGCUUACUCAAAUCCUUCCUGAGGCUCCGAGAGAAAUACGGGGAUGUCUUCACGGUGUACCUGGGGCCAAGGCCUGUGGUCAUGCUGUGUGGGAUAGAGACCAUACGGGAGGCCCUGGUGGACCAAGCUGAGGCCUUCUCUGGCCGCGGGAGAGUCUCUACCGUAGAACGAAUCUUCCAAGGACAUGGUGUGAUCUUUGCCAACGGGGAACGCUGGAAGCUCCUUCGGCGAUUCUCUCUGGCCACCAUGAAGAACUUCGGGAUGGGGAAGCGGAGUAUAGAGGAGCGGAUUCAGGAGGAGUCUCAGUGUGUGGUAGAGGAACUGCGGAAAACCCAGGGAGCCUUCCAGGACCCCACCUUCCUUUUCCACUCCAUGACUGCCAACAUCAUCUGCACCAUUGUCUUUGGAACACGCUUUAGCUACAAAGAUCCCAAGUUCCUGCGGUUGCUGGACUUGUUCUACCAGACCUUCACGCUCCUCAGCUCCUUCUCCAGCCAGGUGUUCGAGCUUUUCUACAACUUCUUGAAGUACUUUCCAGGUACACACAAGCAAAUCUACAAAAACGUGCAGGAAAUCAUAGCCUUCAUUGAGGACGCUGUGGAGAAGCACCGUGAAACCCUGGACCCCAGCACCCCUCGGGACUUCAUAGAUGCCUACCUGAUCCGCAUGGACAAAGUGGGGGAGAAGUCCGACCCCAACAGCGAAUUCCACCAUCGGAACCUCAUCUGCACGGUGCUCUCCCUCUUCUUCGCCGGCACGGAGACCACCAGCAGCACGCUCCGCUAUGGUUUCCAGCUCAUGCUCAAGUACCCUCACAUCACAGAGAGAGUCUACAAGGAGAUUGACCAGGUGAUUGGCCCACACCGCCUUCCAUCCCUUGAUGAUCGAGCCAAAAUGCUAUACACUGACGCAGUCAUCCAUGAGAUUCAGAGAUUCAGUGACCUCCUCCCCAUUGGCAUUCCCCACAUGGUCACCAAAGACACUCACUUCAGAGGGUACUUCAUGCCCAAGGGCACUGAAGUAUAUCCCCUCCUGCACUCUGCUCUCAAUGACCCACAUUACUUUGAAAAACCAGAUGCCUUCAACCCUGACCACUUUCUGGAUGCCAAUGGGGCACUGAAGAAGAAUGACGCUUUUAUCCCCUUCUCCAUGGGGAAGCGCAUUUGUCUUGGUGAAGGCAUCGCCCACAUGGAAUUAUUCCUCUUCUUCACCACCAUCCUCCAGAACUUCUCUGUGGCCAGCCCUGUGGCCCCCGAGGACAUCGACCUCACACCCCAGGAGAGUGGCAUAGGAAGAGUGCCCCCAGUAUACCAGAUCAGCUUUCGGUCCCGCAGAGGGGACUGAGAGAAGGGCCUCAAAGGAUCCCAGGAUCAGGAAGUAUUCCCAGCUCUGCAGAAGCCAGUUCCUUGACUGGCCCUGGGUCUUCCUGCUGCUGAGAGACCCACCACAAGCCAGUGUCUCCCCCCUCCUCGGUUGCUGCCUCUGUGGGAGAGUCCUUUCUGCAGCCUCAUCUCAGACCAUCACUCUGCAGCUCUUGCAUAGACUCAUGGAAGUGUUUUCCUUUCCUUUGUUAACAGAGUUCCCAGUGUGGUGUAUAUAUAGAAGCUGGGGGCUAAGACGGGAGACUUGACUCAGAUGCUCUUUGCAUUUGUGCCUCCCAGGCCACAGCUUCCCCCAGGGACUUCUCCCUUCCUCAGAACAACCACAGUCUCCAUUUAGCAAAUGUUUGCGCUCCAUGAUCUGUGCAUACGUGACCUCCCUGGAAUCCUCCUUCCAGUAGUCCCAUGGGGCGGAUACAAUGAUCAUGCCCAUUUUACACAUGAGUAAACAAAGGCUAGACAAUGGCAUCAGUUGUCUGAAGUCCUAUCAUAUGGCUCGCAGUGGGGGAGCAAGGUUCACACUCUCUCCCUGGCUCUCCACCUCAAAUUCUUCACCUAGUCAUACCCCCCCUCCAAUAUAUUUUCAAAUUACUGUGAAAUUCAUAUAACAUAAAACUAAGUGUUUUCCCUUUUUAAAAAUUUACUUAGAGAGGGAGGGAGAGAGAGAGAGAGAGAGAAUGCAAGUGGGGGAGGAGCAGAGAGAGGGGGAGACAGAACCUGAAGGGGGCUGGAACUCACAGACCUCGAGGUCAUGCAUGACCUGAGUGAAAGUCAGGUGCUUAACCAACUGAGCCACCCAGGCACUCCAGAACUAAGUGUUUUAAAGUGCAUGAUUUGGUGGCAUUGGCUCAUUCACAAUGUUGUGUAACCACCACCACUAUCUAGUUCCAAACAUUUUCAUCACCCAAGAAGAAAACUCCGUACCCACUAGCAGUCACUCCCCAUUCCCCCUCCCCCUCAGCUCCUGGCAACCACCAAUCUGCUUUUGGUCUUUAUGUAUUUGCCUAUUCCGUGUGAUUCAUGCAAAUGGAAUCAUACAAUACGUGCUCUUUUGUGUCCGGCUUCUUUCACUUGG